AUGUCGUCGAAAGAGUUCAACGUGGUCGCCAUCCUGUACCCAAAGAAGGGCAAGGUCGAUGAGGUCAUCGGCCUCCUGCAAGGCGUAUCAGAAUACGUAAAGGCAAAGGAGCCAUUCGUGCUCAAAUACGAGAUCAACCGUUCGCUCCGUCCGAACAAGGAUGGCACCGAAGAGAUCAUCAUGAUGGAGAGGCACAAGGACCAGCAGGGACUGAAGGCUCAUGGUUCCAGUGAGCCUUUCACGGCAUUCCAGAAGACGCUGGCGGAGCGGGAUCUGCUGAGGGCGCCGACGACGUUGAAGAUGGUGAGCCAGCAUGGCGGUUUCGCAUCGAGGCUGUAG